AUGACGGAAAGUGAAGGCGACGCCGUCAAAAUGCCGAAGCAGAAUCGCCGGAGCCACCGCCUUGUUGCCGUCACCGGAGCCACCGCUCUCCUCGCUCUCGCCGUCCACCUCGGAAUCACCGCCUUCAACUCUCACCGGAAGAACAGAAACAAGAAAGAUCUUCACGGCUCCAAGGUUCGAGUCACUCUAUCGGCGUCGGAGAUUAUCAAAUUGGCGGAGCGAGUCAUUUCCAAGUCGAAAGAGGUCCACGACGCUGUGGCUUCAGUUCCGCUUGAUAAGGUUACGUAUAUGAAUGUUAUAUCACCUCUUGCUGAAUUGGAAGCGCAGCAAUUUCCACUUGUUCAGUCUUGCGUGUUUCCUAAGAUGGUAACUACUAGUGAUGAUGUUCGAAAAGCAAGCGCCGAGGCUGAGCGGAGAAUCGAUGCACAUGUUUUGACUUGCAGCAUGCGUGAGGAUGUGUACCGUGUAGUCAAAGCUUUUGCUAUGAGAGGAGAGUGGGUGAAUGCUGACGCAAAGCACUAUACUCAAGCCUUGAUGAGAGACUUUGAACGCAAUGGGUUGAAUCUUACUUUAACUAAGAGAGAGGAGAUGCAGCGUGUCAGAGUCCAUAUUGAUGAGCUAAGCUUGCGCUAUAUCCAAAAUCUACAUGAAGAUUGUUCUUUCCUUGUCUUCACUGAAACUGAGUUGGCUGGUCUACCACAAGAGUUUCUUAAGAGCUUAGACAAAGCUGACAAUGGUAAAUUGAAGGUGACCCUGAAAAGUCAUCAUGUGGUGCCAGUAUUAGAACUUUGCGAGGUUGGAACAACUAGGAAGAUGGUAGCAGUGGAAUAUGGGAAGAGGUGUGGAGAAGUCAACCUUUCUAUCUUAGAAGAUCUGGUUCAACUUCGCCAUAAGUUUGCUCGGGUACUCGGCUAUUCAAAUUAUGCUGAAUAUGCUGUUGAUCAUAGAAUGGCAAAGACACCUGCAAAGGUUUAUGCGUUCUUAGAGGACAUCUCCAAUAGUUUGGCCAAUUCAGCUUUCAUGGAGCUUUCUAUGUUGAAAGAUUUGAAGAAAAAAGAGGAAGGAGAUUUUCCAUUUGGAGUUGAGGAUCUACUAUACUAUGUGAAGAAGGCUGAAGAACAGCAGUUUGAUUUUGAUUUUGACUUUGGAGCUCUCAAGCAAUACUUUCCAGUAAAUUUGGUUUUAUCUGGGGUCUUUAAAAUAGUCCAAGACCUUUUUGGUUUAAGGUUUGAGGAAAUUACAGAUGCCGAGGUGUGGCAUUCUGAUGUUUCCGCAUAUUCAGUUUUCGACCUGAGUUCUGGUGAACUGUUGGGCCAUUUCUACCUUGAUAUGUACACAAGGGAAGGAAAAUAUAGUCAUACGUGUGUGGUGGCUCUUCAAAAUGGUGCUUUAUCAUCCAAUGGAUCACGUCAGAUACCAGUUGCAUUAUUGAUAUCUCAAUUCCAAAAAGAUGUCAGCGGUCAACCUGCAUUACUUCGAUUUUCUGAAGUUGUGAACCUUUUUCACGAGUUUGGCCAUGUGGUCCAACAUAUUUGCAAUCGUGCUUCAUUCUCCAAGUUUUCUGGUCUGGGUUUUGAUCCAGACUUUGUGGAGGUUCCUGCUCAGGUGCUAGAGAAUUGGUGCUAUGAAAGCUUCAGUUUGAAGUUGAUAUCCGGCUUCCAUCAGGAUAUAACAAAGCCCAUCAAAGAUGAAAUGUGCAAAUCCAUUAAAAGAUGGCGAUAUUCCUUUUCAGCUCUGAAAAUGAAGCAACAAAUUCUUUAUUGUAUUUUCGACCAAAUCAUACAUUCUGCUGAAAACGUUGACAUAGUUGAGUUAUUUAAGCAUCUUCAUCCAACGAUCAUGUUAGGUUUACCAGCUUUGGAAGGUGUCAAUCCAGCUUCACGGUUUCCAUGUAGUGCCAUUGGGUAUGAUGCUUCUUGUUACAGCCGUAUUUGGAGUGAGGUCUUCACUGCGGAUAUAUUUGCAUCAAAGUUUCAUGAUAGUUAUUUGAACCAGUAUGCUGGCAUGCAGUUCAGGAACAAGGUAUUGGCCCCAGGGGGAUCAAAGGAACCGAUUGAAGUUUUAACAGGCUUUCUUGGGAGAGAACCAUCAACUCAAGCUUUUAUCGACAGCAGAUCCCAUUACAGAUUGUGAUGCAGACAUGACUUACCGAAGUUACCACCCCCGUUCUCUCAUAAUGCAAGAUAAAGCCCUUUCAGCAUCUUCGCAGUUUUGUUACAAGUGAUGAUAUCCAAUUUCUGAUGUCCAUUUUAUCGCCAAAUUUUCCUGCUAAAAUAUGAUAAUCAUCUCUUCGGUUGGUAGUGUUUGUAACUAAUCUCUAUAGAAGCAAAUGUAUUUUGAACCGAGGUUAGGGUUAGGGCUGCUUAAGAGCUUUGUAGUUUUCGUCAACGCAGAGUG